AUGAGGGGAAGGAGCAAAAGCCCUAGAGGAAACCGAUAUACCACUCUUUUAGUUCGCAAUCUAAGCCAUGAUUGCAGGGAAAAAGAUCUGAGGAGUUCAUUUGAACAGUUCGGUCCUCUCAAGGACGUUUACUUGCCAAGGGAUUAUAACACGGGAGAUCCACGAGGGUUUGGCUUUAUUGAAUUUGAGGAUCGUGAUGAUGCUGCUGAGGCAAAAGAUCAAAUGGAUGGUAAUCUUCUUCUUGGCCGUGAGUUGUCUGUUAUGUUUGGAGAAGCUAACAGGAAGAAACCGACUGAAAUGAGAGCAAGGCAGCGUAGUGAUGGAAGCAUUAGAUUUCGGGAUAGAAGGCGUAGUUCCCCUCGUUACUACCCUCGCUCGCCGCCUAGGUCUUCUCGUUCUCCUCCUCCCUACAUAAGACGUCACUCAAGAUCUAUCUCUCCCAGGAAAGAAGGAUAUGAUAGGAGGAGGAGGUCCUACUCACGCUCACCCGCCAACAAUGGCUCAAGGGGUCGCAGUGCAAGUCCAGUCACAAGAAAAAGCCGCAGAAGAAGCAUUAACCGUAGCCCGAGCAAAAGAAGUAUUAGCCAGAGUCCGAGAAGAAACAGGAGUCCGAGCCCUAGGAGGAUAAGGAGCAACACACCUCUACCAGCGAGCAGAAGCAGGAGUAGGAGCCCUAGGAGAAGGAGCAACACACCUCUACCAGCGAGAAGAAACAGGAGUCUGAGCCCUAGGAGGAGAAGGAGCAACACACCUGUACCACCAGCGAGCAGCAGAAGGACGAGCAGCAGAAGGAGUCAGAGCCCUAGGAGAAGGAGCAACACACCUCUACCAGCGAGAAGCCGCAGCCCACGUGGGGAUUCACCAAGCCAGUGA